AUGUUCAUGGGAAAAAUGAGUCUUUUGGGGAUUUUCUUGUUGGGUCUAGCUGCAAUGACGUGCUCUGUUCAUGGAUACGAUGCUGGUUGGGUUAAUGCUCAUGCCACUUUCUACGGUGGAAGUGAUGCUUCUGGAACAAUGGGUGGUGCUUGUGGGUACGGUAAUCUUUACAGCCAAGGAUACGGAACCAACACGGCAGCUUUAAGCACCGCACUCUUCAACAACGGUCUUAGCUGCGGCGCGUGUUUCGAGAUACGUUGCCAGAGCGACGGCGCGUGGUGUUUACCUGGUGCUAUUGUGGUCACAGCAACUAACUUCUGUCCUCCGAACAACGCACUUCCAAAUAACGCAGGUGGUUGGUGUAACCCUCCGCUUCACCACUUCGAUCUCUCUCAGCCUAUCUUCCAACGCAUUGCUCAUUACAAAGCUGGUGUUGUCCCUGUUUCUUACCGAAGGGUUCCGUGUAAGAGAAGGGGAGGUAUAAGGUUCACAAUCAAUGGCCACUCUUACUUCAACCUUGUCUUGGUUACUAAUGUCGGCGGCGCUGGAGAUGUUCACUCUGUUGCGGUUAAAGGUUCAAGAACAAAGUGGCAGCCGAUGUCAAGGAACUGGGGGCAAAACUGGCAAAGCAACAAUCUUCUCAAUGGUCAAGCGUUGUCCUUUAAGGUCACUAGCAGUGAUGGUCAAACCGUUGUCUCCAUUAACGUUGCUCCUGCUAGUUGGUCCUUCGGACAAACCUUCACCGGCCGUCAAUUCCGUUAAGAUUGUGUCAGAAGUUCGGUUUAUGUAGUUUAGGAUUUGUGUAGUGUCAGAGGGUAGAGGAGAGAAAGAGGGUUUAAAGGCUCUUUAGGGUUUUAAUUGGAGAUCCAUUAAACUCUUGAGGGUAAAAUGGUCAGAAGGGCUUGUUUUAUAAGGGCUCUUUUAGUCAUUUAAGAACUAGGGUUAUAGUAAGUGAGUAUUAAGUAAUGUGGUGUGUGCAUCUUUUAGCAAAGGGACCUCUAUGUAAUGGUUUCCUUUGUUUUAUCAACUUUUUUUUUUUACCUUCUGACUUUUGGUUUGAAAAGCAGAAGUGGGUAGGGGCAGAGGAGGAACUUCACCACCCGCCAUGUGUUUUGUUUUUUUUGGUUUGUGUUUUGUUUUUGUUAUGAAGUUGUAAUGUAAGGGUAAUCUUGUGUGCUUUUCAUAAGUGUUAAGUUACCAAGUAUGAACUUUAUGUUGUUCGUGUGAUAUCAUUUUC